GUGCACCACUUAUAGUGGUAUAUCAUAAACGUAAAUAGUCUUUCAAAUGCAGUUGUACUUUUAAAUCAAAAUAUACACUUAUUAAAAAACCCUUGUUUAAAAAAAAAUGAAGACGGCCCCUCAUAAACGCGUGUAUCCUAAACUGCCCGUGUGGAUCGUGGAGGACCAUCAUGAGGUGGUGAAACACAUAUAUCGUGCCAUUGGCUCGAAACAUAUUCCGAUGAAGGGCAUUAAAAUGGUCCAUUUGGACUCCCAUCCUGAUCUCCUCAUCCCUGUGAAUAUGCCUGCUGAUACGGUUUAUGACAAAGAGACUCUGCUCAGUGAGCUGAGCAUUGAGAAUUGGAUAAUGCCGAUGGUCUAUGCUGGACACGUAUCCCACGUAGCCUGGCUGCAUCCGUACUGGGCUCAGCAGAUCAAAGAAGGAGAUCAUUCUAUGUGUGUGGGCAAAGAUUCAUCCACGACCACCAUCAGGGUCACGAGCACAGACGAUUAUUUUUUGAGCGAUGCUCUGUAUGUUCCUCUGGAUCAGCUGGAAAACCCAAAAGAGUUUCAGCUAAACGUCAUUCGAGUGGAUCCCGUGGACGGUUCCCAGAAAAAGACACCUGAAAACGGGCGAAGUGGAGCUAAAUUACAUAAAUCAGCUGUAAAAGAGGACAAUAAAGAGCAGCUAAAAAGAGACACGGCGUGCACUUCCUCUUCUCGACCACCUGAUGACAGCACUGCGUCAGGAAACGGCAGUCGCACGGUCGUGAAAGCUGAUGAGGGGUCAACAAGCUGCAUCACAGAGCGCCUUUUAGCACUUAUAGAGCCGUCUGACCCUUUUGUACUUGACAUUGACUUGGAUUUUUUCUCCUGCAAGAACCCUUUCAAGGAGAUGUACACGCAGGAAGAGUACGCUCUCCUGCAAGAGUUAUACAGCUUUAGCAGGCCACAGCAGGAUUCAGAUGAGGAGGAGCUUUUAGAUUGUGUAGAGAGACGCACUCACCAACUUGAAGACCUGGAGGCUGCAUUUGCUGAACUAGUAGAGGAUGACAGCGACGAAACAGUUGAACGUUUAACAGCAAACCCAAGAAUGAAAUGUCUUGUCAGACUUGUGCACAGCCUUAAGAAUCGAACUCAGUCACCGGACUAUGAAAUGGUGCAUCAAGCAGGCUUGACCUGUGAUUACUCCGAGCUCCCUCAUCACAUCAGCAGCGAGGAGGAGAUUCAGCAAAUGAUCACGGCCGUGCAGCUCUUCCUGGAAGCCAUGCCCAAACCCACCAUAGUCACUAUAUCCAGAUCCAGUUUGGAUGAGUAUUGCCCAGCGGAACAAGUUGAUUCCAUCCAGAACUGUGUGCUGAACAUUCUAGAGUCCCUGUUUGGCUGCUUAGAUGUUCACAGAGAGUAUGAAUCAAUACCUUCACAGAGCACAUCACAGACCCCAUGAUAAGGAGGGGUUAAAUUCAGCAGCAGCUGCAGCAUGUUCUUUAACAGAGGCUGCUUUGAGAGGGUGGAUGAAGCAAAGCUUUUAAAAGCAUGCUGUGAUUUGCCAUGUACUCUGAUACUGCCUGCAUUGAGUGCAUAUAUAACAAUGAGACACAUGGAUGCGAAAUGGAAAAGGAAAUGAGUUUUCAAUUUAAGACAUUUUCUUCAAUGUAUUUUUGAAGUGCAUGCAUUCAAAAUAAGACAUGCUGAAACGCUGGGUAAUAUUUUUCUGUAUCGUCAACAAAAUAUUGCUUUAUUAGCACAGUAGAUUAAAAAAGACUUUCAUAUGAAUUCCGUGCUGCAGUCAUCCGUCCCUCACGUGUGCAGACUUCAGUCUGGCCAUAGCAGAUAUAUUUUCUUUUACAAGACUGCACACUUCCCUUCUUCCUGUGUGGCCCCUUGUGCCUCGGCUGUCUUUGUCUGAAGCCUGAGGCGUUUACCAAUUCAUCUGAGCUUUGUACGCGGCACCCUCCUUUAUUGCUCCAUGCCCGCAGACUUCUAAACUGCCCCGAAUAUGCCUGACCUGCCUUUAAAUUUCACUGCAUAACAACACAGCUAUGAACUAUAGUAAAAAAAAAAAUGAAUAAAAAUUAGUGGGGUCCAAAACAACAACUUUCAUUGCGGACAGUCACAAUUGAAAUAUAUUCCAAAAUAUCUCCUCAUACGUGCCAGUCAUACUAGACAGACGGUAUUUACCAGUUGAAUGCACAUGAACGCCACCAAGUUGUGGAAGUCUAAAUUUUCUAUAAGGGCGUGUUAGUGAGUAAACAUGUCAGAUGCAAUGCUUUUAUUUUGAUGGUACGUUUGUUGAAGUGAAUAAAUUUGACAGCUAAUGUGCAAUAAAACUAUAUAAGUUAGCCUACAGUACAUAUACAAAACAUACUAAUUGCCAUGGAAUAUAUGAUUGAAUCACUUUCAAACAUGAAACGAAAAAAAGCAUUCUUUGUUCAUCAUUUUGUAUAUAAAAAGUACAUUGUUGAAUUUUGUGUAUAGAACUUAAACUGACAUAAAUUAUUACACUUUUGACAUUCUAUUAACUAUAAUUAACUUUGUAACUACAUGUCUACUAACUCUCAAGACUGUUUAGGGGAGGUUUAAGGUUAUAAGUUGAGUUUACAUACUUGCAAAGUUUCAGAUUGAAUGUUGUAGACCCAUCAAAAUAAAGUGUGCAUAGUGUUAUAGAUGCGAAAAACUUUA